AUGAGACGUCGCAGGAUGGGCAACACUUUCAGUGGAAUCUGCAAUCAUACAAGAAUGGGAAAUAAAGGCUCCAAGGGUGUGAAAUGUGGGAACGCGCUCUACUUUAUUCCGGAGAGUGACAAAACCAGUGAUAUCACCUACACCAUUGCCCACGAAAGUUUGGAAUCAUGUGCUCUGGAUUUCAUCGAUGGCAGCGAAGAUAUCGAGAACAUUUGGGUAUACUCACACCCCCUUCACGAAGCCCAGUUGACUGCAGGUCUCCUCUAUCAUGCAUUCGUAGUGCUUGAGACCGAUGAGUGGUGGUGGUCCAUCGAGAAGAACACGGGAGGAAUAUUCCUCCAACGCAGCAGAGGUCUCCUCUAUCAUGCAUUCGUAGUGCUUGAGACCGAUGAGUGGUGGUGGUCCAUCGAGAAGAACACGGGAGGAAUAUUCCUCCAACGCAGCAGAGGUAAAGAGUUCGUGAAAGAGCAUUUCCGAAUGGAGAAGCGGGAGGAGCCAAUUACUCUGGAACAAAGCGACAAAGGGCAGAUGAAGAUGAAAGAUCUGCUUCAUAGCUUGUACGAGAAAAAGGAAGUGCGUAAAGGGUACAAGUUUGACGAUCGAGAUAUGAACUGUCUAGGGUUUGCUAAAAGGGUAUUUGAUGAAUUCGCCGAGAGCAAAUUCUGGGAACUUAUCCUACCUUACUAAGGGAGUGGACUUAGGACACUGGUGAACUCCAAACAAGAGGAUGCAGAUUUUCGAGCUUUUUGUCUUACUCUUCUUGAUGUCGUUCUGAUUGCUUAAUAGGUAGUUUUUCUUCUGGUGAUGAGGAAGAG